AGUGAAGCAGGCAUGCCGGGGGUGAGGCAGAAAGACUAUGCUGCGCGGGAGUGCAGCCCGGUGCGGCCUCAGCUCCACCCUGGCGCGCGCCCGCCUGGCCGGUCGAAGUGGAAGGCUCGGCGUGGGAACCGUGUGCCUCGCAGGAGGGAGUUGUCAGGCAGGCGAUCUAGGAUUCAUGUCAGCUCUUCCUGCGGUGUGCGCUCCUGUGCCCACUGGGUGAACACAAUAAGGAGGAAAAGAUGCACGGGGAGAGGAGGAGUCACGUUAAUCAUUGGUUUGUGCUCAAUGAAGCUAAAGCACGAGUUGGGAAAUGGAGCUGGAAGCGAAUGCAAUAGAUAGGCAAAUGGGGUGUUCGCUUGGUUUUGUCAGUACAGUGUAAGGAGCUGGGUGUAUGAAAGAUGGACCAAGAUCAAUCUGUAAAAGAUUGUGACCAUGGCUGCUGAGUCUGAUGUUCUACAUUUCCAGUUUGAACAACAAGGAGAUGUGGUCCUACAGAAAAUGAAUCUCUUAAGACAGCAGAAUUUAUUCUGUGAUGUAUCGAUUUUUAUUAACGAUACUGAAUUCCAGGGGCACAAAGUGAUUUUGGCUGCUUGCUCCACUUUCAUGAGAGAUCAGUUUUUACUCACACAGUCAAAACACAUCAGAAUCACCAUUCUGCAGAGUGCAGAAGUUGGCAGGAAGUUGUUGCUGUCCUGCUAUACUGGAGCACUUGAAGUGAAAAGAAAAGAGCUUUUGAAAUACCUGACUGCUGCCAGUUACCUUCAGAUGGUUCACAUUGUAGAAAAAUGCACAGAAGCUUUGUCGAAGUAUCUGGAAAUUGAUCUUUCUAUGAAAAAUAACCAACACACUGACUUGUGUCAGUCUUCAGAUACAGAUGUAAAGAAUGAAGACGAAAAUUCUGACAAAGACUGUGAGAUAAUUGAAAUUUCAGAAGAUAGCCCUGUAAACCUAGAUUUCCACGUUAAAGAAGAGGAAAGCAGUCUGCAGUCUGCUGUGGAGAGGUUGACAUCAGAGCAAACGGGAAUGACAUCACCAGAGCUCUCUACAGUAGACAGUGGCUUUAAAGAGAAUGAAAUUUGUAUCCUCCAUGUAGAAUCGAUCAGUACAGACAGUGUAGACAAUGGGCAGUUUUCACAGCCCUGCACCUCAUCCAAAGCAGGCAUGUACUUCCCUGAAACACAGCACUCACUGAUCAAUUCUACCGUUGAGAGCAGAGUGGCAGAAGUCCCUGGAAGUCAAAAUCAAGGCUUAUUUUCUGAGAAUACCGAUGGAAGUCAUGGGACAGUAAGUGAGAUUCAGAACCUGGAUGAGAAUUUUUCCUUGAGGCACCAGUGCCCCAGGUGUCCGAGGGGCUUUCUUCACGUAGAAAACUAUCUGCGCCACCUUAAGAUGCACAAACUGUUCUUGUGCUUGCAGUGCGGGAAAACAUUUACACAGAAGAAAAACCUCAACCGGCACAUCCGAGGACACAUGGGCAUACGGCCCUUUCAGUGUACCGUGUGCCUGAAGACCUUUACCGCUAAGAGCACACUUCAGGACCACUUGAACAUACACAGCGGUGACCGGCCAUAUAAAUGCCAUUGUUGUGAUAUGGAUUUCAAACACAAAUCUGCUCUCAAAAAACACCUAACCUCUGUGCACGGCAGGAGUGGUGGUGAAAAACUGUCUAGGCCUGACCUCAAAAGGCAGAAUCUGCUGUAAUCAAAUCGGAAACUUGUGAAAUAAACGGAAUCACUUUGUUAGGCACUCAAGAUGCAGCAUUUGUUGUGUGCCUCCCCCAAUCUUUAGUGUUAAUUUUUCUUUUCUUCUUAUAUGUUACUCAUUAUAAAUCUCUAAUAGUUCCAAAGUUGUGAGUGGCUUCAAAAUCUUUAUGAGAUUCUACGUUAUCUCAGUCAUUAUGUAUUAGUCCUGUGUUCAGCAGUAAUUGCAGAUUCUGAUUUGUAGUGUUUAGAUAAGUGAUUUAAUGUUGACUCUAACUAUGUAGUAACUUCAGUUGGUUAGAAUGACAAAAUAGAUUUGAAAGCAUAAUGUUGCCAGUCAUUAUUAAUUUUGAAAGCAGAUGGGACUUUUAAAAAGAUUUUCUUUUUAAUGUUUAACCAGUGUCCUUGAAUUAUAACCAGAACACCUAGGUAUUGUCUUAAACUAAAGGAACACAAUUCAGAUUCACAUGGGACCAGCAGAAUGUCCUUAGAAUUUCAUUUAAAUGAAAUGUCCAAGAGAAUAUGUAAUUAGACCCUUUUCCUGGUUACACAUAACACAGCUGGAUUAAGAACUCUGUGGCCAAUGCAAGUAUUUUCUUGGCAUAGAUUGGGAAUAGUCCAGUUUCAUCAAAGACAUUUGUUCUACAGUUUACUUAGGGUUUCUUCUUUUAUUUUGGUUAACAUGCACUAAAAUUGACCCUUCUCUGGGUCAAUUCAUAAUUCAGUGAAUUUAACACAUGAUUUUCUAUAGUUGGGACACAAACAGUUCCAUUUCCUUCCCAAAUUCCCUAAUGUUUCUCCUUUGUAGUCACCCAUUCUAGCUUUAAAUUCUACUGAGUUCUUCAUGACUAUAAUUUGCUACAAUCUGUGGUGAUAUAAAACUGGAAUUUUACAGUAUGUUUCCUUUUGAUUUUUUUUAACCCAACAUUAUUUAAUUGAACUUCAUUUCUGUGUAUAUUAGCAAAUCAUUACUUUUUAAUAAAUAUUUUAUCUCUUAUUUUACUUUCGAUUUGUGUAGUCCAGGCUGCCUUCAAGUUUGCCUCACUUCUUGAGCACUGGGAUUACACCUGACUCCUUUUUUCUGUUUUGAAUUAUCUAUAUCUUUUCGAAGAGUAACCAGGUGCAUAGUUUAAGUUUUGAAAGCUACUAGAAUUAGUUAUAAUAUCUCAUUUGUAUGAAUACCUCUGAAUUAAAAAAAUUUUUUUUUGCCUCUAUAAUGAAGAGCAAAAUUUAUUGCAGGACAAAUCACCUUCCCUGACCAUAGGAAGUAUUCAAUUUCAAGCUGUCCUAUUUCUCUUCAUAACAUAGCUCUAUGUAGAGUUUCUACUGUAUACUAUAUUCUGCUGGCACUCUCUGUAUUUUAACAUGUAAUAUACUUUGUACUAUAUAAGAGUUUUGUGAAAAUCAUGUAGUUGUUAAAUACAAUUUUUGUGAUCCUUUUGUGAGAAUAAUGCUCUACACGGAAUUUUAACUCUGGGAGUGACUUUAAUGAAUCUAAGUCUCACAGUUGACUUCAUAACCCAAGUCACCAUUUAAUGACAUUGAGCAGGUAACCUGUCUUUCGACUUUUCUUAAUUUUAUAUUAAAUAGCUUUGACCUUCAUAAUUUGUAGAAUUAGUUCUAGGUCUAAAUUUCUACAAAUUUAUAUUCCACAUGUGAACAAAGGAGACAUUUAUGUCUUUGGAAACAUUACUAUUUGAGUACUCUGUUAAAAACAGAACUUUUCUAAGGUAAAGGCUUUGUUCCACUGCUUCAGUGGCUAAUCUCCUUUCCCGUGUGACUUAAGAAUGGCCAGUUACAGUGUGAGCACAUUUCCUUCUGAGAAACAGAUUACUUGUGACUGAAGUGCUUCUCUUAUUUUUGCUUCCUAAGCUGAAUUUUGGAGGGGAGGGCUAGGGAUGGGUGAGGAGGGUAACCUACAGUGAACAACAGAUUUUUUUUUUAAGAGGGUGGUAUCUUACUAUAUUGGUUGUUUUGAAGGUGUUUAAGUUUGAUGUGUGCCUUGUAAGAUUGUUGUAAAAAAGAAAAUUGUGAGCACUUUGAAAGUUUUGCUUGUGAGAGGGUGUUUUAUAAAGUGAUUUGUCAUUUACACUAUUUCUGUUACAUGCACAGAUUAACUUCAAAACAUUCCCUGGAGAUCUGCGAAGUGCACAUGCCUAUCUGUUUUCCAGCACUUGAGAGAGAGGCAAGAGAAUGAAUUCAGUGCCAGCCUUCUUUACAUAGCUAAGUUUGAGGCCAGCCUCAGCUACCAGAGACUUUGUUUUAGAAAAACUAAAAGUAAACAAACAAAACACAUUCCUGGGCGAUUAUCUGUUUGCAUGACGUGUCUGAGAAAUGCAGCAAAGUGGAAUCUGUUAAAAUAUGCAGGGAUGACAAAGGAAAGUAGCAUUUAUUCCUUUUUAAACAUUUUUAGCUGUUUAUGACAGAAAAGCAGUAUGUUUAGGUUGUGCCUCUAUUUAAUGCAUUUAUAUAUGUAAAAGGUCUUGAGAAGGUAGUUGUUACUUUAUUAUAGAGAAAAUCCUUUCCUCUUUUCAUUGGAUGUAAUUAUGUUUGUAUAAAACAAUAAACUGGAAGUGGGGAUGGAGAA